CGGAGACGAGCCCAUGGCCCGGGGCAGGCCCGCCGUUGGGAUCUGUCAAACGGGGCUUAAACGGCGAAGCAGGGCUCGGGGUAGCAGCAGGACGGAAGAGCAGGGAGGAAGGGGUCCAAAGCGACGGCGGGUGUGUCUGGAUGCGUGUAGCAGAUGUGGGUCGUGUGCGGAUGAAGAGUGUUGGCGGGGUGGCAGAGACGUCGAGAUGCAACUGGAGGCCGGAGAGGAGGCCGCAGAGGAGGCCCUAGAGGAGGAGACGUGGCCUGGAGAACACGCCAGGGUCUCGGACGCAGGCUUCGUGGUGCUGUUUGCCGGCACGUGCGUGGCCUACUGCUACUGCUGGCUGCAUGUCUGCGACACAGCGUCCGUGGGCGCCCUGCUGGCGCCGCCGGAGACGCAGCACGGCCACAGACACCCGCCCCGGACACUGCCCUUGCUGCCACUGCGGCCGGCGUUGCCCCUUUUGCGGCACUCGCCGUUGCUGGAGCCCCCGAGAACGGUGUCUGCACCGGUGUCGUCGCCCGUGGUGGCGGGGCUGGUGAUAGCGUGGUCCACCGUGGCCCUCGGCCUCGUCGUGAUGGCGGGCGCCGCCAAGUGCUGCUCCAGCUACGCUGUGUUCCUGCGGGCGUGCCACUGCACAAGCUCGGCGCUUCUUGCCGCCGUCGCCGUCUACUGCGUCCUGCACCACCACACGUACCCCGGAGUCGUCCUUCUCUGUGCAGCAGCGGCGCUGCUUCUGUGCCGGAGGGUUCUGGCAGCGAAGUUCCAGCGCUCGGCAGCAGUUGCGGCACUUGUGGCCAGCGUCGCCAGACACAGCACGAGCCUGGCACUGGUGGCCAGCGCAGGAGCCGUGCUGGCCCUUCUUGUCAGGCUCACGUGGAUAGUCCUCCUCUCGCAGAUAUACUACAAGUGGGAGCAUCUGAUCCGGUUUCACGCGGGCACGUUUGCGGACCCGGGGAUGCUCCUCGUCACGGCGUUCAGCCUUGGGUCGGGGGCCUACCUCGCGGAUGUCGUGUGCAACAUCACCCUGCUUGCGCUGUCCGGCAUGUACGCGUCGUGGUAUUGGCGCCGAGAAAUCAGCUUCCGGCACACCCGGACGGCCGUCAAAAACGCCCUGCUCCUCAAGGCUGGUUCCGCUUGCUUCGCCUCGUUCUUUGUGUCCGUUUCUGAGCUGCUCACGUUAAUGCACAGCAUCCUGCUAGCGGUGUUUUUUGUGAAAAGGACCACUUGUCUGGAAAAGAAACUUGCCCUGACCAACAGCUACGUGCUGACCUACGUCGCACUGUCCGAUCUGUCGAUCGUGGGGUCCGUAGACAGAGUCUCACAAUCUCUAGGACCUGAACCGUGGGCUGCUCUCCAGAAGGACGGCAUCGUCAACCACACGCUCCAGAUCUGCUCGUUCACAAUCAGCCUGCUAACCGCGGUGGUGUGCCACUUGUAUCUUGCGCAUCGGCAGCCCGGUUUUGGCCAACAUCACAACUUCACAAUUCUUUUCCCGCUUUUUGGAUUCCUUCUGGCGCUGGAAAUGUGUCGCAUGGCUUUUCUCAUUUUCACAGCAGGAAACAAUACGCUUAUUGUAGCGUUGAAGUCCCAUCCCGAGGUAGCUAACCGCGGCGUCUCUACGAACUACAGAUCGGAUCUUCUCCAUAUCCAGGAACAAUGGCCUACGCUCAACCCUUUUAUUUAAGUUUGUAUUAGCAGUAUGCACAACGUAGACAUCGUAACAUCGUCAAAAAGCCGUUACUAGCACUCGCCCGGCAAGAAGUCCGAGUUAAGAAGUCAACACAAUUCCGAGCUCGUUUGUUGCUACCAAAAAAAAACUGAUAAAAUG